AUGAACAAAGAAAGAGUUCAACAUGCAAAGGAACAUAAGAAAAUUGAUGAUAAAGAAAAUAAUAAGCUUGCACAUAAAGUGAAGGAGAAAACAAGAGAGUCGGUUGUUGGUGUAUCUUCGAGAAAGCUAGGUUAUCCCCUACCUGGUGAUAUUUGUGAUGAUGCAGUAUUGGAUUUUGUUCGUCUUGCUGUCAAGUUUAAUCGUGUCACUGAUGUAGUGGUUCAUAUGGGAAAUUAUUGGGAGAGGGAUGCGUGGAAUGAUUAUAUUAAUAAAGAGAAUGUUUUGGAGGUGCUAGAUUACCAAUGGUUAAGUGCAACUAGUCUUACCUUCUACAUCAGGUAUUUAUGUGAGGUCUAUUUAUCCAACAAUCCGGAUUUGGCAGCCAAGUUCUCUUUUAUUUCACCUCAUAUUGUGUCUCACAUGGUAGACAGCUCCAAUACAUCCUUGGCCAAUUGUUUGCUAAAAUAUGUGGACAAAGACCACCUACUCUUCGUGCCUUGGAAUGUCUCAGCAAUGAUUAAGUUUCGAACUAAUGGUGGAAAGAAAUAUACCAUGACUUCAUUUAACAGUUUCAAAUGGAUGAAUGUCCAGUGUCCCAAGCAGUGUGAUGGUAUCAGUUGUGGAUAUUAUGUUGGAUGUUUCAUAGAGGAUAUAUUAGGUACAGGUGAAACAAAAAUCAAUGUUAAUUUUACUUAUACACCAAGACUCAAGACCUAUCCUUCUGAUAAAAUGCUUAGCUUCAAAAGAAAUUGGACCGGGUUCUUGUACAACCGCUAUCUCAAGGACGAAUUGUUAAAUUAG